AUGGAUUUAAAACUAAUAGAUAAGCUGCGCUUACUAAAAAUGGAUACAGAACUACGACCUCAAAUAAAAAUGAAGCCCAUUAGCAGGUAUUAUUUUAUUACUGGAACUAAUCCUGGCGAACAGUUCUACGUUUUUGCUUCAACUGCUGCGUGGCUUAUAAGAAAAACUGGCAAAGACUUCGAGCAACCUAAUGAAGAGGAUGAUCCGAACAGCAUAAUUGCAACUAUACUUGACGUUCUGAGAGAAAAAGAGAUCACAGUUGACUUCUCGUCACACAAACUUAAACAAGGCUACGGCGAACAGGUUUGCUAUAUUCUCAAUGUACUAGCAGACGAAGCUUUAAAGAAAAUUGAUUUUGAAUGGCAGAAGCCAAUUGUAGAUAUUCCCGACCCUGAAGAAUCUCCAGACGAUGUUGACCAAGUUGAGGAUGAAACAGAAAUUUUCUUAGAUAAAGUAGAAGAAGAAAUGGCAAUAUAUUCUGGAGAAUCAGAUGAAGACUUUAAUAAUGAGGAACCAGAACCAACUGUAGUUAAAAAAGUUCACGAUUGGGAGGCGUGGAAGUUGGAAUUGGAAAGAGUAGCACCUGCAUUGAGACUAAAGAUAUCUGCAGAUGGCCGCGAUUGGCGAGCAAGACAUUCUCAAAUGCGGACAUACAGAGACGAGUUAUUCGAUAGAUUUAAAUCUACUGGUAGUCAAUUGAAUAAAUUGCAUGGAAAUAUAAAUUCUGUUAUGGACAAGAUUACUGCAAGGGAAAAUAUACUUAACGAGCAGUUUGAUCCUCUGAUAAAAGAGUAUAUAUCCUUACUAGACGAGUUGAAUAAGGUGACUAAUGAAUACAAGGAAGUGAGUGUUGGACUGACAGAAAGGCAAGAAAUGUUGAAUGAAUUGACUAAUAAAGUAGAAAAUAUAAAGCAGAGAACAGAGUCGAAAGGUUCCUCGAUGAAUGAUAAUUCUCCAUUGGUGACUGCUAAGAAAGCGGUUGCGACUCUGAAGAAAGAUAUUCAGGAUAUGGAUUUCCAGAUUAUAAUUUUGCUGUGGUUGUUGACGUCGAAAGAGAAUCCUAAUAGUAAUAAUCUAUUUGCUAAUGAAUCUAAAAUGGUUGAAAUUGAGAGCUAUUAA